UUGAGUGAGGCCGUGAAGCAAGAUAACACGGAGCUAGCACAGGUGUUCUUGAAUUACGGCGUCAACAUCGAUGCUCAAAAAUUCUCGGGUGAACCGCCUCUUUACUUGGCCGCGAAAGAGGGCACGCUAUCCAUGGUGAAGUUUCUGAUUGAACGAGGCGCAGACAUCAACGCGGAUACGAGGGGAUACACUGCUCUAGCUGUUGCGAGUCUAUAUUCUCACACGGAUAUUGUGAGGCUGUUGCUUGAGCACGGGGCCAACGUCAACCAUCGAAUCCCCGGCACCGGUUUGACACCGCUCCACCUCACACACAGCGGCGUUACGCUCGCGGUUCUGCUGGAAUACGGCGCCGAUAAGGAAGCCAAAGACGAGAACGGCUACACGCCUCUCUUUUACGCCGUGACGAAGCAAGACUCGAGUCUUACCCGGCGUUUGCUGAACGCCGGCGCCGAUUUCGAGGCCACCGACAAAUGGGGCCAUACCGCUCUACCGAACGCCCUGGUCUAUGGCGAGCAGGAGAGCCGCGAAGAGAUUUGCAGGUAUCUCAUUUCCAAAGGUGCUCCAGUCAACGCAAAGGGUCCAGAUCGAUAUGGGUCCACCGUGCACAGGUGCUGCAGGUUCGGUGAAGUAGAAGAAGUAAAAUUGAUCUUGGAGCUAGGCGGCGAUGCGGGACUCUGGUAUGGGAUGCAGGGCACCCUUCUCGAGGCAGCAUGCAAUAACGAGAACAAAAACGACUUGAGAUUAGUGAGAUACCUUGUCGAGCAAAAGGGGAUCGACGUCAACGGCCCGGGGAGCUACCUCCGCAGUGCCAUGGGAGAGGCGUUCCGGUCUGGCGGCGAAUCACUCAUACGAUACCUGCUUGAGAAUGGC